AUGGCCGUUGCAGUUACCGAUUUGGGUCUUCCACUAGCUGUUUCAUGUCUCUUAAUGCUUACAGUUUGCCAGAUUUCUCAGGCGCAUUUCAACAAACACAUUGCGCUCUUCGUUUUCGGUGAUUCGCUAUACGAUCCUGGAAACAACAACUACAUAAACACAACUCCAGAAUUCCAGGCGAAUUUUUUUCCGUAUGGCGAAUCAUACUUCGAUCCUCCAAGUGGAAGAUUCUCCGAUGGUCGUCUCAUCCCUGAUUUCGUCGCCGAGUUAGCGAAACUGCCUCUCAUUCCUGCGUAUCUCGAUCCCCGGAAUAAGGAAUUCGUGUAUGGAGCAAACUUUGCGUCGGGAGGCGCUGGUGCGUUAGUCGAAAGCCAUGUUGGAUUUGUAGUUGACCUAAAAACACAGCUACAGUAUUUCCGCGAUUUAGAGAAACAGUUUAGACAGAAUUUAGGCGAUUCGGAAGCUGAACAGCUGUUAUCCGAUGCCGUCUACUUGUUCAGCUGCGGAGGCAACGACUAUCUGAGCCCCGUCGGCAACAACGAGAGUAUUCUUUAUCCAUAUACACAUGAAGAGUACGUGGGAAUGGUGAUCGGAAACUUGACUGAUGCGUUCAAGGGGAUCCAUGAAAGAGGAGGAAGGAAAUUCGGAAUCGUUACAGUCCCGCCAAUAGGGUGUUGGCCAAGCGUUCGUGCAGGACGACCAGACAAUACUUGCAGUGAAGAAAUUGACAUCAUCGUAAAUCUACACAACCAGGAACUUUCACAGAAACUUCAAGAGCUCGAGAACCAAUUGGAAGGAUUCAUGUACGCAAAGUACGAUCUCAAUACAGCCGUUAGAAAAAGGAUGAAGAACCCAUCAAAAUAUGGUUUCAAGGUAGGAGACACUGCGUGUUGUGGUAGUGGUCCUUUUGGUGGGAUUUAUACUUGUGGAGGGAAAAGAGGAGUGAAGGAGUUUAAAUUGUGUAAAAAUGCUAGUGAUUAUUUUUUCUUUGAUUCUAAUCAUCCUAAUGAAGUGGCAAGCCGACAAUUCGCAAAUAUGUUUUGGAACGGAGAUUCUAGUGUCACGUCGCCAUAUAAUCUAAAAGCCUUGUUUAAAGGAAAACAAUUGCCAACUUCCUCGGGGAAAUUAGAUAUUUGAGACAGAGUCGAGUGUGCUUUGUUGUAUACCACAGGUACUAUCCUGUCAUAUUUGUAUUUGUGAAUGUACACGUGUCAUACUAGUCUCGGAUUGAGAAGUGUACAAGUGGCAUACGUACAGGUUUUGACAAAGGGUUGGAGUUUUUAUAUGUUAUAAAAAUAAAGUUUUAUAAAUAAAAAGUCGUGGCCUUUCCUUCAAUCAUAACCAAACUUCAAAGACGUGAUUGGCUUCCAUCGCUUUCAAAAUUAUAUUUACAAAUAUUUAAUUAUGUGAUAUUUGUUCAAUUUAAUAUUAGUUUUGAAUGUUUAAAAUAAGAAUAGUAUGAUUUUUAAAUCGAUCAAAAUUCAACCAUUUUUUGUACUUCAAGA